AUGGCUCUCGAGAUCGCCGUGAAGGCCGCCGUUGGUGCUCCGACUAUCCUCGGAGACUGUCCAUUUUCACAAAGAGCGCUGUUAACUUUGGAAGAGAAGAAGGUCGCGUACAAUACUCACCUGAUUGAUGUCUCUAACAAACCCCAAUGGUUUUUGGAGGUGAAUCCGGAAGGGAAGGUUCCAGUGGUUAAGUUUGAUGGAAAAUGGGUUCCUGAUUCUGAUGUUAUUGUGGGGAUUCUUGAAGAGAAAUACCCUGAACCAUCUCUUGUUACUCCUCCGCAAUUUUCCUCAGUUGGGUCACAGAUAUUUGGGACUUUUGUGAGCUUUGUGAAGAGCAAGGAUUCAAAUGAUGGAACAGAGCAAGCUUUGCUUGCUGAACUGAAUGCUUUGGAGGAGCAUCUUAAGGCCAAUGGUCCAUAUGUUGCCGGUGAGAAGGUCACUGCUGCUGAUUUGAGUUUGGCUCCAAAACUUUACCAUCUAGUGGUUGCACUUGGCCACUUCAAGAAUUGGACUAUUCCUGAGAGUUUGACACAUGUUCACAACUACGUUAAGCUGCUCUUUGCUCGUGAAUCGUUUGAGAAAACCAAGGCUGCAAAGGAAUACGUCAUUGCUGGAUGGUUACCAAAGGUCAAUCCAUGA